AGUUCCCUUCGCACGCCUGUAACGUAUCAACAGCCUUAGCGGCGUAUCAGGACGAAACGCCGACUGUUAUUAACGCAGGACAACGGGGAGACAGACAAGUGGUGAAUUGGUGGCCCAGAUCUCCUGUCUCUAUUAAUAAUCGAGUCGUUUUUCCUGCGAGUUAAUGAUUUUAGUUAUAGCAGUUCUGUCCUCAGUUUAUUUCUGAUUCAGAUUACGUGAGGUCGUCUCCAUUGAAGGGUGUGUGAUUGGUCCUCGUACAUUGCUACGUUCCGCGAUUAUUUUCGUGACGGCGUGUUGCAGUAUAGGCCUUAGGACUGAAUGUGGAGCAGGACGGUGGUAUGAGCGGCCAAAAGAAUUACGGGUUCGUCGAGGACUCAAGAAAUGACAGUUACAGCAGUUUUUCAGCUGCUAUAAGUUCCACGGAACAACUUACGCAUAAGAGUAAGGACAACUCGCAUACUGUUGAACUUAAGGACUUGAGAAAGUCCCUUGAAGCUGGCGAAUAUGAUCCCUUUGACUUCAGGGAUGUCGAACAUCCCACAACUAAUUUCGAGACACUCCUGCACCUUCUCAAAGGAAGCUUGGGCACUGGCAUCCUGGCUAUGCCGAUGGCCUUCUACCACUCAGGAUACGUUAUCGGUGUCAUAGCUACCGCGUGUAUAGGACUGUUGUGUACUUACUGCAUCCACAUGCUCAUCAAAUGUGAAUAUGAGCUUUGCAAGAGACGGAAGAUUGGUUGCAUGUCGUAUCCUGCUACGGCCGAGUGCGCUUUCCUUGAAGGACCUCCGUUGCUGCAGAAACUGGCACCCUAUAUGGUGCACGUAACCAAUGCCUUCCUUCUGCUAUACCAGCUAGGAACCUGUUGCGUCUAUACAGUAUUUAUCGGAGAUAACAUACAAAAAGUAUUAAAAGAAUACGUCGAUGGCGUGGAUGAAAGGCUAAUAAUGUUGGCAUUUCUUCUACCUCUCAUCCUAAUUAAUUACAUCAGAAACCUCAAACUGUUAGUUCCUCUCUCUUCGAUUGCCAACGUACUUACGUUUAUAAGUUUUGGUAUUAUCCUGUACUACCUCAUAAAAGAAGAUAUCACGAUUGAAGAUAGGGAACCCGUUGGAAACUGGAGAAGCUUUCCUCUCUUCUUUGGGACAGUGCUGUUCGCUUUGGAAGCCAUCGGAGUGAUUAUGCCCUUGGAGAACGAAAUGAAGACUCCAAAGUCAUUUGGCGGAACUUGCGGGGUUCUCAACAUCGGCAUGAUCUCGAUUAUAAUCAUGUACCUACUUAUGGGCCUCUUCGGCUAUCUGGCGUAUGGUUCAAAGAUACAGGGGUCGAUUUCUUAUUCCCUCAACGAAAAGGAAAUACCUGCCCAAGUGGCCAAAAUAUUGUUGGCUUUGACCAUAUUCAUCUCACAUUCCCUUCAGAUGUACGUAGCUAUAGACAUUACGUGGAACCAAUAUCUGUACAGUAAAUUGGAGAAGAAUAGGUACAAGAUCAUUUACGAGUACCUCAUCAGGACGUUUCUUGUUAUAAUCUGCUUUUGUUUGGCGGUGGCAGUACCAUAUAUCGACUUGUUCAUCUCCCUUUUUGGUGCCCUGUGUUUGUCAGCCCUUGGACUUGCGUUCCCAGCCAUCAUCGAUACCAGCACGUAUUGGGACACGCUGAAAGGAGCAAGGGGGGCACUGAUCCUCACGAAAAACUUCUUCAUAGUCAUAUUCGCUAUUUGUGGAUUGGUGGUUGGUACCUCGACUAGUUUAGAGGAAAUCGUUAAGAAGUUCUCGAGUAGUACCAAUUCAACCGCGUGAUAAUAACAGUGAUACAAGUGAGAUUAUAGUUUGAUAAGUCGAUGUGCCUGAUUUUAGUAUUUUGGGAAUACCAUUUGACGCCACUGAUGAUGAGGUUAUUUAGAAGAAUUUAUUUAUUUUGAAUAUAUAACGUUACAUAAGAUUUUCGUUUUAAUUUGUAUUAUUUAGACGUGAGAACCAAAAAUUCUAUAUAAAAUAAUCGUUUUAAUGUGACGCGUCAUUAUGACUUACAUAAUAAAUAACUUCAUUUUUUUUAAUAUUCUUGUAGAAUCUAGUAAAUACAACUUAGGAUAUAGGCGGUCAACAAACAAACAUUUUUUACCACUCAAACCGCUGCAAACGAUAAUUUUCCCAAUGUUAAGAAAUUUGACAUUCCUUGAUUUCAGUGUAAAUACGUGUGUUUAUAAUGUUUCAAAUUUUGUAACAAACAACUCUAUUUCCAUUAAAUUCUAUGAACUAGCAAAAUAACAGAAACGAAACAAAUACCUACUGAUUAAGGGGUACAUUUUCGUAAUUUUUAUGUGGUUUCCCAUAUUUUUUGUAUUUUUUAAUUAAAAAAAGAGAAAUCUUAAGAGUUAGUUAUUUAUCGAAGGUAGCUACAAUAGUUUAAAAAUGUAAUUUAAUUGGAGACAAUAGAAAUUUAAUUUAUUCUUUUUUAUUUUUCAUUGUGUUGUUAUAAAUUCUGACUUCGGUUAACAGGGCAUGCUGAAUAAGGACCUAUGUAGAUAUUGUAGAUAAUUUUCUGUGAAUGUGUUUUUUAAGUAAUAAUUAAUAUCUAUAUUUUCUUAUGUAAAUAUUUAUUUGUAGA